GCAGACGACUUUUCUCUUCAGUCAGAAGUGAACUGGAAGAGAAUCAAUUUGGAAUGGAGAAUCCGGGACCAGCAGCCGUUGUGGAGCGAAAGCGGGAAUCCAUGUAUUCCUGGCUCAUUGCUUUUGCUUGUUUCUGGCUCAGUUUCUUGACUGUGGGUCUUCAUAGGUCCUCCGGCAUUAUUUAUGUGGCAGUCGUGGAAGGGUUUAAUGUGAGCAGAGAACAAGCAUCAUGGCCUUUCAGUUUAUGCGGCUCCCUCAUGUGUUUGCUAGGUCCAUUAGCUGGGUUCCUAACUCAUUAUUUUAGUAUACGUAGCAUUUUGGUAAGUGGUAUUGCCAUUUCUGCUGUGGCAAUUGCGGUUUGCUUUUUCACACCAACUUUGAUGUAUCUCAUCAUCUUCUUCGGAUUGUUCAGAGGUAUAGGAAAUGGCCUUGUUGUAACACUGAACCCAGUUCUCAUUCAUCAGCAUUUUAAAUACCAGAAAGCAACGGCUACGGGUAUUGCUUAUGCAGGGGCCUCUGUUGGAUCCUUUGCGCUUCCACCUCUCAUUGAAUACCUGUUAGGAGCUUACGGCUUCAAGGGCUGCUUCUUGCUUCUUGGUGCAAUUAUUUUGAAUGGUCUCAUCCCAGCAUUCAUUGCGAAAUCGCCACCUCCAGUAGAAAGUCCUGCAACACCCAAUAAGAAGAGGAUCAAUGGAAAGCUAGUCUUCCUUGAAGCGAAAGCUCUCAAUGGAGUAUCCCAUGUUAAUGAACCCACAACUGCAGAUGAACCUCUCGCAACUGAACCUCUGGUCGUUAAAGAUGAUAUUACCGGUGACAUAUCAAAACAUCAAAUCAUCAUCAUACCGAAUCCAUCCCUAGAAAACGAAGAUGAACCUCAUAAUAAAGCUUCCAACGGUGUUCAGCAAAAUGGUGAUUACAAACUUAUACCAAUGUGCUCUUCUACCGAAGUUAACAACCCAACUCGUUGUCCAGUCUUGGGUUCCACAAGCCCUAUCAGUCUGUUUCAAAAGAUGAAGCAACGGGAAGAUGGCGUAUUUGGCCAGUUCCGUCACACUGCCCAAAUCCUCACCAGUCCAGUAUAUUUAGCCAUUUGCAUCACUUUUGGCUGCAACGUUGUAAAUUUCAUUGCUUAUCUGACAGUAAUCGUAGAUUUUGCCAAAGACAGAGCCAUAAAUGAGCCAGAUGCAGUGUUCCUUGUUUCUGCUUUCUCUGUUGGCGAUCUUUUUGGUGCUGUUUGUCUUGGAUGGUUGUCCGACUUCAAAUGUUUGAAGAGGAAGUACACUAUCAUGGUUUCCUAUGGUAUCAUGGGAGGCCUGCUUUUAUACCUGCCCAUGUGUGAUACUCAUGCCUACUUCUUGGGCAUUUCUGUCCUUAUGGGCAUUUUCAAUGGAUGUGUCAUGACGAACAUUCCAGUGGUCAUGAGAGAAUAUCUGGGUCUAGAGAGGCUAGCUGUUGCUGUGGGACUUGGUCAUUUCUUCGUUGGAGUGGGCCAGCUUUUGUUCCCAAUGUUAAUAGGUUACUUCAGAGAUAACGUUGGUUCCUAUGAUCAUCUGUUCACAACUCUCGGUGUUAUGUGCCUCACCUGUGCGGUACUGUGGUUGCUGGAGCCUCUGCUCAAGAAAAUCAAGCCUUUGAAAUGAAGUGCGACUUAGCAGUAUUAUUUCAAAAACUUCCUAGACGUCAGGCUUGUUGCUCUGACUGCCGUCUUUCAUUGUGAUAUACAGAGAAACAAAAACAUUUUCUUCCUCGUGUUUGAUAACUUAUGUUUUUAUGGUAGUCCGCGAGCAUUGAAGGUUUUGUUGAACUCUGAUUUUAGUUUUACAUUAAUUAAUAAUUUUUUAUUAAAAAAAUACAGCCAGAUUUUGCUGACUAGUGAAUAAAUCUGUUUACAUUGUUUAUCCAGCAUAAUUGUUUUAUAAUAGAUCGUUUUGGUUUGAAGUGAAACUUCUAUGGUAAAGCCUUUAAGGUAGAAAAUGUGCUGUAAUGCCGAAGUCAAAUGUUGUAAAAUAUCAAUGUCACUCAGUAGCGUCCAUUUACUAACGCGUUAUUUUGUAAUUCAUACAAAAUCAUCAAGUGAGAUACUUCUAAAUGGCCCUCCACUGCAAAUAAUAACACAAUUGCUAAAUUCGUUUACAAAAUAGAGAUCACCAGCUUAUGUCUAGCUAGAUGCAAGUAUGAUUUGUUUCGGGAUGCGGUCUUCGCGACCACUGAACUAAUGCUAUGCCCAUAGGAAGAACGAGAACUUAUCCGGCAAUUUUUCAUCCACGUGUGACCCCCUCCCCUCCAGAAGUUAUACUGUAAUCGUCAGCCAUGCUGUAAAUGUAGCAUCCAGCCCGUCCAGAUGCAAGUACGAUCCUUCUCGGGUUGAGGUCUUCGCGACCAUUUCACUAGUGCUGUGGACAUAUCUAAAUGCAGAUAUAUAUGCUAGAUUCACUAGUGCUGUGGAGAUAUCUAAAUGCAGAUAGAUAUGCUAGAUUCACUAGUGCUGUGGAGAUAUCUAAAUGCAUUUAGAUAUCUGUGCUAGAUAUCUAAAUGCAAGUCUUGCAUUGUGCUGUAGCUUAAUACUAAAGACAGCAAAUGCAGGACACUCUCAGGAUAUCAAAUUGAAAUGCCACGUAUUAAUUGAUCACAUAGCAUUAAUUAAUAAAAAAUAAAUAAUGAAGGAUACAAAUUUCUUAUGAUGAAGACAAUAGUUGUAAGUAUAUUAUAGUGAUAUAUUUGUACGCUUUUAAAAUUAUUUAUUACAAAUUUAAUGAUUAUGUUUUAUCUUAAUAUAUCAGUUUAAGUUAUUUUUAUUGACUACCUAUCAAACAUGAAAAUUGGUAAGAAAGCAGAUGUAAAUGUUUUCAAACUUUUCAUCAUUUACUGCAGAAGAUUCACUUCAAACUUUUACUUAAAAGAAGGAGGAAAGAUUUAUUUCUUUUGUAAUCGAUGUGAUUGUACUUAAAUUAUAAGUAUACAUUUUUUGCAGCUAGGAGAUUUUUAUGGUAUUCACUUCUUUUCUGAAAGCAUUGUUUCUCUUGCUUUUAUUUUGAAUGUGAUAAAAAUGAUCUGCACCUCAAAAAAAUUGUAAACUAAGAAGUUUAAAUUGGAUACCGUAAACUUCUUUUUAUAUAUCCAUUUAUGUGCUCGUUGUGGGUUUGUCUACAAGAGUUUAAUAAUUUAUACAGAUAUGAAAUUCUGUAUCUUUGUUUACAGUGGACUACUUGACUUAUUUUAUAAACUAAAAAUGUGUUAGUUUUCAUACAUAUAUUAAUUAUUUUAAAGACUGUUUGUGUGUAUGUUGAAAAUAAUAUCAUGGGUUAUUUGCUUACUUUUUAUAAUACCAUUUGUUUUUGUUUGGAUUAACUUAAAGUACAUUUAGAUCGUUUUCCUUUUUAGUAUUCAACUUUUAACCGUCCAAUAAGUUUUAAGAAUGAACCUCAAAAGCCUUGGAACCAAAAUAAAAGUCAUGAAAUCAGAAUUGUAAAUAUCUCUAUUUUAAUUUGGAAUUUUUAGUAAUUGUCACAACUGAAGUACUUAAUGUGGAGAGAAACGAAAGAUGCAAAUUAAAAAUGAAAUUCUUGUGAAUUUCUUUAAUAUCUUAUUAGAGUUUUAGAACAUUAAAAAGUUGAUUUCAGCCAAAACUUUUUCUUCUCCUCUGACGACUGUAUUCUGUAAUACAUCUGUCUUUGUAAAACCCCAUUACAUAUUAUUGUUGAUGAAAUUAUAUAAUUUUUAGUAUUAUCUGUUUCUCCGUUAUUCAGAAAAGCUAAUAUUAACGUACGCUGGAUAACUGAAUAUACUGAACCUUUAUACUGAAUUUUGAUUUAUCGAUUACCUGAAACUUGAACUCGAUUACCUGAAUUUUGAAUUAUCCGAUCUAGUUUAAAGAAAUUCUCCAGCAUACGGUGAACAAUCUUUGUAACUAAUAAGAAAGAAAAUAUUUUCUACAUUGAUGUCUUAUUCAUUUUAAAAGUUUACGCAUUUUUAUUAUUUUCUGAUUCUAUUUUCUUUAAAAUUAAGUCAGACACUUUAAAAUUUAUCUCAAAAUAUGUACAAUAUUAUAUUCUUGGACUUCUUUUUCUUACAAUAAUUUUUAAACGUUAAAUAUACUCAUAAACCUUUGUAA